CGGGGAGGCAACACUGAGGCCGGCCAGCCAUGUGGCUUUGGUGGUUCGCGCUCCUAGCCAGUGGGACUCUCUGGCUGCCCGCAGAGGCCCUGGAGUCUUGUGCUGGCUACUGUGGGGAUUUCAGAGGAAACUGCUCUUGCCAUGUGACCUGUCCAUCCCUAAACACCUGCUGUCCUGAUUAUCUGCACUUCUGCCUGGAGAUCUCACCCUAUUCAGGCUCUAUAAUGGGUGGCAAAGAUUUUGUGGUGCAGAAUGAGCCAUGGGUCUCUCCAGCCUUAGUGACCUCUGUGGUCUGCAGGUUCCGAGAGACCAUCCAGACUCAAGGCUACGUGGAUGACAAGGGCAGGAUCCAUUGUGUAUCACCUCUCCUGUAUGAAAGCGGACGGAUUCCAUUCAGUGUGUCCCUGGACGGUGGCAAGACAUUCCCUAGCUCUGGGACCUGGUUGGCAGUCCAUCACAGCAAAGUGUCAGACUCGGACAAGAGUGAGCUGGCCAAUGACACCAUGUGGCAGUAUUAUGGAACCCCAGGGGUCACUGGCGACCUCACCCUCUCCUGGAAGAGCUCCCUGCUGCCUGAGCCCAGAGUCAACAUUGAGCUCUGGGGCUAUCAAGAGACAGGCAAGCCCUACACUGAUGAAUGGAAGGCCGAGUGGUCAUACCUCUACACCUUAGCCAGGAACUUCCCCAACAGUGACAACUUCACCUUCACCCCAAUGCCGGCCGAACCCCAGUACCAGACAUGGGAGGUGGGUGCCCUGCGCAUCUCUGGGAGCAACCACACUGAUGGCGAGAGGGAUGUGCCUGCCAUCUGGAGCAGCGAGCACGCCUUGGCCUGGCACUUCGGGGAGGACUUCCGUCAGGAUUCUGCUGCCUGGGCCACGGCCAAGUGCAUGAACUGGGUCACACUGGACAAGAACCUGCCUAACUUCCUGGAAGAGCUGGAAGAUUGCCCCUGCACCCUGACCCAGGCUCGGGCUGACACUGGGCGGUUCUUUACCGAUUAUGGCUGUGAUAUCGAGAAAAAAAACUCUUGCACAUAUCACCCAGAGGCCGUGCACUGUGUGCGGAGCGUAAUGGGGAGUCCCCGUUACGGCUCUGGUCAGCAAUGCUGCUACUCAGCAUCAGGGACGCAAGUGCUGACGAAGGACUCGAUGAGUGGGAGCACCCCAGACCGUGGCCAUGACUGGGGCUCAUACCCCUAUGGGCGACCCCCCCGGGUGCCUGGCCUCUCCCACUGGCUCUAUGAUGUCAUUUCCUUCUACUACUGCUGCCUGUGGUCCCAGAACUGCCAGGUCUACUUAGAUGUCCGGCCCUCGAGUGACUGCCGCACUUACCAGCCUUCUCACCUGGCCUCAGCCUUUGGGGACCCUCACUUUGUUACAUUUGAUGGCAUCCACUUUACAUUCAACGGCCGUGGAGAGUACGUUCUGGUGCAGUCUGACCUCACAAAGCUGAUGAUUCAGGGCAGGACCCAGCCUGCCUUGAUGUCCAGUGGUGCCCAGGCCUCUGCGACAGGCCUCUCCGCCGUGGUAGUGAAGGAGAACACCUCUGAUGUGGUGGAGGUCCGGCUUGGGGGUCUGUCUGGUGAGACCCUCGAGGUGCUGCUGAAUCAGGAGAUCUUGAAGUUCAGUGAGCAGAGUUGGUUAGACCUGAAAGACAUGUUCUUAUCGGUGUCUGGGAGCCAGAAUGUGUCAGUGAUGCUGGGCUCUGGGGCUGGUGUGGAAAUCCAGGCCCAAGAACACUUCUUGAGUGUGAACAUCCUUCUUCCUGAGAAAUUCAUCAAUCACAGUCAGGGCCUCCUGGGAACCCUGAACAACAUCCCAUCUGAUGACUUCACCCUGAGGAAUAAGACGGUCCUGUCCCCCCAAAUCGCCUCCCAGCCCCAUGAGCUGUUUGACUUUGGAGCUGACUGGGCCAUUUGGAAUGACUCCUCCCUGUUUACCUAUGAUUCCCGGUCUUUGGUGGACAAUUACCUCCUCCCGCCCAAGCAUGACCCCAACUUCCAGCCAGUCUUCACACCUGGGCCCGUGACACUCCCGGUAGCCAACCUCUGUGGGGAUGAUCCGUUCUGCCAGUUUGAUGCCCUCGUCACUGGGAGGCUGGACGUUGGCAAUGCCACAAAGGUGGCCUACGGACGGUACAGACAUCUGCAGCAAAGCCUGCAGCCAGUGGUGUCCUGUGGCUGGCUCUCUGCCCCAGAGCAUGGGCAGAAAAAUGGAACCAGCUACCUGGAGGGUUCCACUGUCAAGUUCAGCUGUGCGUCAGGCUAUAAGCUGAGAGGCUCCGAGGAGCAAACCUGCCAGCCCAACGGGCAGUGGGCAGGAGUCCGGCCACAGUGCAAGCCAGCCACAGGUCAUACCGUGUUGCUGGGAGUCAUCUUUGGGGUGCUAUUGGUGGUAGCUCUGGCUGUCCUGGGCUACGUGAUGCUGAAGAGGAGGAAAAGGAGGAUGUAGAGGACCUUGCAGACAUGGAUACCCUCCCUCACCUGAAUAUUGUGCCCACCCAGGGGCCCAUCCCCUGCCUGAGUACC